AUGAAAGAUGUCGUUAAUUAUCGCGAUACGAUAUCUGAAAAUGAAAUAUCGCUUAACCUCACUAUCUAUCUAUCUAUCUAUCUAUCUAUCUAUCUUGUGUGCGUGAAAAUAAUCAUCAUAUUAACAUCAAAGAUGUCUUGUAUUUGGAUUUAUUUCGGGUACAUUGCUUUCAUCUUUCAACCUCAUUCCUCCUUGGGGCUUUUAAAUACUUCAGCGAACGUAAAUGUGGCUCUGAAUAAACCGACCCAUCAAUCUUCCUCAGUUAAUUGGUUGAAAUCUCCAUUGGCUGUGGACGGAAGGAAGGAGACCAGAAACGGAUGUUCGCAGACGGCUAAAGAGUUGAAUCCGUGGUGGUCAGUCGAUUUGCAGGAAGUCUAUAGGAUUAAAAGUGUCAAAAUUUAUUUGAAUAAAAUAUUUGGUUAUUUCAUUUGGUCGCUGUCGGUGUAUGUCCACAUGAAGUCCAAAGGCAAUAUGACCAUUUGCCAGCACGACAUCACUUCGUUUGUGAAACCCUAUCUAUUGGUUGAUUGUCAAGGCGAGAUUGGACAAUUUGUUACUGUUAAGCUGGAGAAUAUGCGGGCAAUAUUAGUGAUUUGCGAAGUGGAGGUAUUUGGUGAGAAACCAUUUCAGACAUUCCAUACUGGUAAGUGA